AUGUGGAAUUGGACCCAGGUUACUUUUCUCACCGCUGUCUUCCUUCAUGUUUGUAUAUUCCAGGCUGAGAUUCUUACCAGCCUCACAGUCAGCAGCCCUGCAGAUGCCGGGAAGGCUGCGCUGGUGCUCAUGGAGAGGGGCUGCCAGGUCGUGGUCAUCACCUUAGGCGCUGAGGGCUGUGUGGUGGUGUCACAGACAGAACCUGUCCCAAAGCACAUUCCCACCAACAAAGUCAAAGCUGUGGAUACCACGGGUGCUGGUGACAGUUUUGUGGGAGCUUUGGCCUUCUACCUGGCUUACUACCCAAAUCUGUCCUUGGAAGAAAUGCUCAAGAGAUCCAAUUUCAUCGCAGCAGUCAGUGUUCAGGCUGCAGGAACACAGGCAUCUUACCCAUAUAAAAAGGACCUGCUGCUCGAUCUGUUUUGAUUGCCAUUAACCCUAAACUGUAUCUGGAAAUAAAAUAUACUUGGGGGCAUGUGGCUACUCUGAGCUAGCAGCUUCCUACAAAAUUC